AUGACAACAAUCAUUGAUUUGACCCAUGAUGGCACAGUACUUGAUACAAUGGAAUCUACAUGCAAUGAUCUCCAUGCAUGUAAUCCCCAUCGAGAUGUGCUCUCAGAACUCUCCUCUAUUGCUUCUACGCAGAGUGAGGUGUUGGACGCUGCAGAACAGCAGCAGCAGAAACACCAGCAUCUGAGGGUCUACUUAAGGGUGAGGCCCUUUUCCAAGGAUGAGAUCUCCAGCAAUGAGGACCAGGGUUGUGUGGUUCUUGAGAAUGCCAGGACCGUAAUGCUGCAUGCGCCCAAAGGCUCUGCUACCAUGAAGAGCAGUGAGAAGGGCGUUGGCCAGGCGAUACACACAUUCUCAUUCUCUCAGAUCUUUGGGCCUGAGACGAAGCAGGCAGAUCUCUUUGAAGGCACCAUCAAAAGCCAAGUUCACGAUUAUCUGGAGGGGAAGAAUGCACUAGUCUUCAGCUAUGGUGUGACCAAUGCAGGCAAGACCCACACAAUUCAAGGAUCCCAGAAAGACCCUGGUAUUCUCCCCCAGGCGUUGGAUGUCAUCUUCAGACACAUCAAAGGGAGACAGUAUGAGAACAUGGAUCUGAAGCCGUACCUCGGUAGUGACGCUCAGUACCUAGGGCCUGACCAGGUCCAACAGGAACGAAACACCAAAGCAGCUAUAUUUGCUCUACUCAAAGAGGAAAAUGAACCCCCACGCGCCAGUGGAGUUUCAUCCCACUCUUCCUCUACUGGAAGCCUCUCUUUCUCCGUCUCCUACGAUAACACAGUUGAGUUUGUGGCUGUGUCGUCUGGGGACCGCAGCCAGUUCGCCCUGUGGGUGUCCUUCUACGAGAUCUACAACGAGAGCGUGUAUGACCUGCUGCAGGCGUCGCCCACCUCCAAGACACAGAGACGCACAGCCCUCCGUGUGUGUGAGGACAGUGCGGGAAACUCGUAUGUCAGAGAUGUAAAGUGGAUCAAUGUUCACAACUCUGAGGAGGCAUGCAAAAUUCUCAGAGUUGGAAAUAAAAACCGAAGUGCUGCUUCCACUAAGAUGAACCAUUCAUCAAGCAGAAGCCACAGCAUAUUUACCAUCAAAUUACUGAGAAUUGAUGGAACUGAGGUUCAGACUAUGUCAGAACUCUCUCUGUGUGACCUGGCUGGCUCGGAAAGAUGCGGAAAAACGAAGACGUUUGGGGAGAGGCUGAAGGAAGCGGGUAACAUCAACAACUCUCUGCUCAUCCUGGGGAAAUGCAUCGCUGCCCUGCGCAGCAAUCAGAGUGACAGGAUGAAGAAUGGCUAUAUUCCCUUCAGGGAGAGCAAACUGACCCGUAUCUUCCAGCCCAUCUUCUGUGGGAAGGGCCGAGCCUCCAUGAUUGUGAACAUCAAUCAGUGUGCUUCCACAUAUGACGAAACUCUCCAUGUCAUGAAGUUUUCUGCCAUCACUAAGCAGGUGGUCCAGCUGAUCCCAACAAAAUGUCUAGAGUCUCUGACCCCGCGGCUGGUGGGGCGCGAUGGGAAGCCUCUACUGAAGAACGGGGUCAUCGAUGACCAGGCUCUAGAGAACUACCUGUCUGAAGAAGAGCUGCUGGAUGAGGAUGAAGCAGACAUGUCCAUUUUACCCCAGGAGGAUCUCAUAAAUGUGAUCGAGAAUCUCAGGGCCAAGCUCCUGGCUGAGCGACGGAAGAACUUGGUCCAGGAGAUUGACAUCCGCAAGGAGAUGGGAGACGCCAUGCUGCAGCAACUCAUGGAGAGCGAAGAACUCAGGAAUCGUCAGGUGGCUGAGCUGAAGGAGAGCUACCAGGAGAAGCUGGAGAACACAUUUGAGAUGUACAAGGAUGCCCUAAAGGACCAUGCCUACCAGAGGGCCCUGGAGCGCGUAGAGGAUGAUUACGUACCCCUUGAGGAGUUCAUCGCUGAGCAGGAGAAAAUAGAGGCACUAGAACAGAAGCUGUCUGAGAUGGAACGCAAGCUGUCUAAGAUGGAGCACAAGCUGUCAGGUUCCACAGUGAGUUCAUCUAUGGUUCCAACCAGAGAGAACUCGAGCCAGACACAGAGCAUCUCACAACCACCACCUGUAGCUAUGCAGGAAGGGUUAACGGACGCAGAGCAACGCAAAGUCCUUUUGAAAGAGAGUGCGAUGGAGAAACUCUGUGAGCAGAAAGAGCUGAUUGUGUCUUUGCAAAAAAGGAUUGCAGUUCUGAAUGAUGCACUACAUGAGGCCGGAGAGCGCUUCUUUGACAAAACGGUAGAAAUAGAAACUUUACAUAAGAAGCUAGCUGACCAGGCACAGGAUCUGGAGAGUAUAGGUAAGGGCAAUCUGGAGAAGGACAAAGAACUGGCAUUGUUAAAAGAAGAGCUGGCCAAGCUAUCCCAGAAGUCCCCUGUCCAGUCCAAGCCCAAGCGGGGUUUCAUGGCCAACAUUAGGGAAUCUGUGACGUCGCCACGAACAAGCACCAUUGCCAGGACUCUGAGGAAAUCUGUCCGGACCACACCCUUGCUGAAAAGGCCCUUCCACUAACUACCGUCCUCCCUCACGUUUUAAAAAUGUUUAGGGCUCUAUUCAAACUCUAUUGCUGAAGUGUUACAGAUUGCGUGAAAUUAAUUUACAAUUGCUUUGACAUGUAGUGUUUAUGGUGAG